AUGUUGCUGUGUCAGAUCACAUCAACCACCAAUACCUAUCUUGCACUUAUCAUUGUUGAUGCAAUUUUCUGUGGCAUUACUGGCAUCAUUUUGGGUUUUAUUGUCAUAAAGGACGCUUUUCGAUCGAAUCCGUCGACGAGUCAACGAACGAGAGAGAUGCAACUAUAUUUCUCGAUGAUUCUCUUCUUACAGGCCAUCAUUCUUGUCGGUUGUGUCUUUGCCCCGUUGACCAUCUAUGCCAUUGUGGCUCUUCGUUUAAUCGUUCACGAUUUGUUCGCAGCAGUGGGCGGCUCGAUGAAUCUGUUUGUUUCUUUUCACUCGACGUGCACGAGUUUCAUCGUGGUUUUCGCGACAAAAACCUAUCGAAAUGCAAUCAUCGAUUGGACCAAAUCGGCUCUUCGGCUUGAAAAG